AUGGCUCUCACUUCUCAUUCUCCUCAACUUUCCCUCUCCCCAUUCUCUCGCUCAACCCAAUUCAACAGUUGUUGUUACACAUUCAUCACACACACUUCCCCAACCGUUACUUCCCGCCAAAUUAUCCAUAUUCCCAACAACAACAGCAAAACCCUCUUCACUCUUUCUCUCACUAAACAAACUCCAUCUUUCUCUAUAAUGGCUUCUUCUAACAACGCACAACCCAUGCUUCCCCCUUACAACGUUUUGAUUACUGGCUCAACUAAAGGGAUAGGGUUUGCUUUAGCAAAUGAGUUUCUAAAAGCCGGGGACAAUGUCUUGGUUUGCUCAAGAUCAGAUGAAAGGGUAGAGACUGCUGUCAAGUGCUUGAGAGAAGAAUUUGGAGAGCAGCAUGUGUGGGGCACUACAUGUGAUGUCAAAAAUGGAGAAGAUGUGAAGAAAUUAGUUUCGUUUGCUAAAGAAAAACUGAAAUACAUUGAUAUAUGGAUCAAUAAUGCUGGAUCAAAUGCAUAUAGUUACAAGCCACUUGCUGAAGCAUCAGAUGAGGAUCUUAUUGAGGUGGUUACAACAAACACACUUGGCUUGAUGAUAUGCUGUCGAGAGGCAAUAAAGAUGAUGGUGGGCCAACCUCGCGGAGGACAUAUUUUCAAUAUUGAUGGAGCAGGUUCAGAUGGAAGACCAACUCCCAGGUUUGCUGCAUAUGGAGCAACAAAGAGAAGCGUGGUUCAUUUAACAAAGUCAUUACAGGCCGAAUUGCAGAUGCAAGAUGUUAAAAACGUCAUGGUUCACAAUCUUUCGCCAGGAAUGGUUACAACUGAUCUUCUCAUGUCUGGCGCCAAUACAAAACAGGCAAAGUUUUUCAUUAAUGUCUUGGCUGAACCAGCCGAAGUGGUUGCAGAAUACUUAGUUCCAAAUAUUAGAUCUAUCCCUACCAACAAUUCAAUGAAGCCGACAUACAUCCGGUUCCUCACGGGUUUGAAAGCCUAUUCACAGAUAUUUUCAAGAUUUGCAUUUGGGGCAAGGAGGAACCGGUACAUUAUUGAAGAUUGA